UUGAGGAAAAUACUUGUGGUUGGAUAGAACUUUCUCCAAAAGGGAUGCAUUUGGAAUGCGCGUGUAGAUCUACGCCCUCUAACUGUAUCCGCUGGUACGCCUAUCUAACCAUGUACUCCCCAUAUCUAGAGAAAAAUAUGGCUUGGACAAGAAUAUCCUCAGCUGACCUCAAAAAUGAAAUAUCUUUCCUAGGAUAUUUUCCUAGAAAUACAACUGUUAUGGCCUCCUCAGUUAAAUCGAUCCACGAACUCUAUAUAUUCUUAACACUCAAAAUACCCAAUUCUCAGCUCAUGAUAAGCUUUUAUUUAACGAGUGGAGAACUACCGAUAUCUUACAGUGCACGAUGUCUUCAUUAUACUUAUUUGUUGAUCGGAUAUAGUGAAUUAACAGUAGCAUACAUGCCAGAAAAUGGGAAUAUGCAUAAAAGUCUGAACGAGCUGAGAAAAGAGAGUGAGAUUAUCCUAAAAAGGAAACACAUUUCGUAUCGGUUUAUGAAGAAGACAUCUGUCAACCUUCCUGUACGACCAAACUCAAAGUUAGUCUUCCAGUCCCUGUUUUAUAAAAUUGGAGGAAAUUAUGCAGUUUUGGAUGACAUAUUCAUAACCAAUGGCGUUUGUCCUGCUACGGCACAUUGCUCGGAUUUGGAAUUCCGAUGCCUUCAAAGUAACGACUGCAUAAAGAAAGAACAGUUUUGUGAUGGCAAGCCAGACUGCUAUGAUGAAAGCGACGAAGAACUAUGUGAGGUCCUUGAUUUUCAAAAAUCAUCAGUACUAGCAACCUGUUCUAAUUCAACAAAUAUGUACAAUUCUUUUAACGACAAAAAGCAUCGAAUAUCAAAGGAUGUCACAGGAAACGGGCACCUCAGCAAUAUUGAUUUAAAUAUCCCGAGAAGAAUCAAAAGAUCCUUUGAACGUCAUAAGCGUUCUAUUGGAAGUAAAUUAUUAACAGAGUCUAAAGAAAGAAAGUUUGUUCAUACGAGAAACUUCUCAAACAUAUUGGGAAGUUGUAAUCAAAAGUGCCCAGAUUCUUGCUUAAAGUCGACAUUCCAGAAAUGUAUUAGCCACACAUUAGAUUUUCAUCAGUUUUUGGAAUGGCAAAAUGUUUCAUGCGACAAAAUUUUUCUCCAUAGAUUUGCUUCAGUCAAUGUGUAUUCUGUUAACAUAACAAGAUCAAGAAUUAAUUCAUUAUACAUUAAGAGAAAAAAGAUGAAUACUUUGCAGCAUAUAACUAUUAGUAAUACUUAUAUUAAAAGUCUUACAGUUGACCAAGGUGCGAUAUCCCAUCAACAAUUACAAGCCAUUAAUUUGAUAAAUUAUACUUUCCAACACGUUGAAAUAUCUUAUUCAGCACAAAAGUCUAAUUUCACAAUUAAACUUGUUUCAAUGAAUAGACAACGCAAUAGUAAUGCAGGUGUAAACGCAGUAUUUUCUUUUCAAAAAGACUUCAGUGAUAUAUCAUUACAUGCAACCAUUGAUAAUACCGUUAGUUUAUCUUUGAUGAAGAAAAAUUCUACUAAAUAUGGAACUGAAAUAAAAUUUGGAUUGAUAGCUGGACAUUUCAGGGCCUCACUGGAUAUGAGGCUAGUAUCUAAAGCUGGCAUGAGAUUCAGUGAAAUAUAUUUAAAUAACAACGGUUCAAGGUCUUUUCAAUUGUAUACUGCUAAAUACGAAGGAACAAAUUGUGACCAUUAUAGCAUGCAGAGAAGUGCAUUAAAACACGUUUAUUUCCCCGGUAUAAAUCAAGAACAGCUGAAACUAUUAGAUCUUUCUUUUAAUCAUAUACUAAUUAUCAACAGAGAAGAUUUUUCCGGUACAAGGUCCUUGAUAAGCCUUAAACUUCAUGGUAAUUACAUCAGAAGUAUUGGAAAGGAAGCUUUUGUCAAUUGUGAAUUACUUUCACUUCUCGACUUAUCAACAAAUUCACUAACUGAUAUAUCUUCACAGAACUUUAGAGGACUAAAAAAUCUCCGGUAUCUAUUUCUAAGCCACAAUCAAAUUAGUUCCAUUGAGAGGUCAACAUUUAUCUACCUGGAAAAGCUUCAUACACUCGAUUUAUCUAACAAUGUCAUUGAAAUAUUUGAGAAGGGAAUAUUUUCAGAACUUGAAACUUUAGAAAAGCUAUACAUACAAAAUAACAAAAUUGUGUCGGUGGAGGGAAUGUUUGCUGGUCUGUUUAGUCUCAAUUUUCUCCAAGUGGACUUCUUCUCCAUUUGCUGUGCCAAACCUCGGAAUUACUAUGACGUCACGUGUAUUGCCCCUAAGAAUGAAAUUUCCUCUUGCGAACAAUUAAUAAGCGUACCUGUCCUGAAUGUCAUCAUUUGGUAUAUUGCACAACUUGCAACAUUUGGAAAUCUAAUUGCAUUAAUCUACAAUAUAAUAAAUAUCAGCAGUGGAUCGUCAUUUACGUAUUAUUUCCUUUCUUGCAAUUUAAGUUUAGCUGAUUUACUUAUGGGAGUCUAUUUGUAUAUCAUUGCUGUGGUAAAUCUAAUUCAUACCGGCAGAUAUGGAUUUGAAGAUCAUAAAUGGCGCCAAAGUUUUCUUUGUACUUUCGAAGGAGUCUUGGCCACAUUAUCAAGCGAAGCUUCCGUUUUAUUUGUUUUCCUUAUAACCAUAGACAGAGUCACAGCUAUAAAGCAUCCAUUUUCGCAGAGGAAGAAAAUUUGGGUUUUGGUGGCAGCCGGUCUUUCCUGGAUUAUCGCAAUCUCUUUGUCUGUCUUUCCAGUUUUGCCGCUUAAUUUCUCGCUGUUUGAUGGCUUUUAUUCCCAAUCCCCAAUCUGUAUAUCUCUCCCUUUAUCUGUUCAUCGACAACCAGGCUGGCAGUAUUCCAUGGUUAUUUUCAUCGGGUUCAACUUUGCGUUAUUUCUCGGUAUUCUUUUUGGUCAUUUUAUUAUUUUGUUUGAUGUACUUAAGUCAGGGAGGGUCCUUCGAACAUCUAACACACAUGUAAGGGAGAUAACCCUAGCUAAAUCUGUUGUUGCUGUUGUUAUGACUGAUCUUCUGUGCUGGAUUCCAAUAGGAAUAAUAGGUAUGCUGACGUUUUCUGGGAUAGAUGUUUCCAGAGAGGUAUAUGCAUGGAUAAUAGUACUCGUUCUGCCCAUAAACUCGGCAAUUAACCCUAUCCUAUACACCUUGUCAGGUGUGUUACGAGAUAAACGGAGAAGAAAGGUAAAUGAAAACACUUUUCAGAUGGAGAAAAAAAUGCUCGAGCAGGAAAUUGUACGUCUUAAACGUCGACUGGAUUCUUUUAAGAAGUGCGGAAGUUCGAUUGGAAGUAAUUCAACACUAAGUAGCCAUGGGUAAAUUGCUGAAGUUUUAUACAUUCUUUAUA